UUUGCAAAGGAAAAGAAUUGGCUUGCUCCGUCUCGUCAAAACCUAACUGUAUACCCGAAACUCGAGUGUGCGAUGGACAUUUUGACUGUGACGAUGGCAGCGAUGAACACCUUUGCAGUCGUUUAAUUGAUUCCCUGGAUAAUUUCAAGGAGCACGAGCCUGUUCGUAACAAAGGUUACGUCCAAGUAAAGAGAAACAACAAAUGGUCUAUGAUGUGUUUCUCAAUGCCCUCAGAAUCCAACUACCAGCAAUAUCUUCAAUUUCUCCGUGAUUAUUGUCAGGAUAUAUCUGGGAGUUCUAGAUGCGGCAAGGAAACUAUCAAAUUCGUAAAUAUCAAUAAAUAUACAUCGUUAAAAUGGUCGCCUCAAAUAGACUUCGUGAAAAUUAAUUUACAAGGAAAAUUUGUAGAAAUUUUAUCCUGUUCCCUCGUGGGUUACUUGAAGUGCGCUCAACCUUGCGGACGUUACCGAAGAACACGCAGGGACGCCAGCGACACUCCCUCAGGCAUGAACAGCUCGUUUGGCGCCGUAACCCCGCCGGCGAGCCACACAGUGCCUCGACUACAGGACGCGGAGCAGGACGACGACGCUCACUGGGAACAGAUGUCUCAAAGGUUCCUGAAGCAGGAGCAAGAGCAGGGCCACAUGGAUUCACGAAUAGUAGGCGGUACCAUCGCAGACAGGAAGGACUGGCCAUUCAUCGUUUCAGUGAACUUCAGAGGUUCUCAUUUUUGUGGCGGGAGCAUCAUCACUGCUGAAUGGGUUCUGUCAGCUGCCCAUUGCUUAUACGAUUUGAAAACCGUACUGAAGGAUUAUGUGAUCGAGGUACAGGCUGGCAUGUUUAGACGGUUCUCCUGGUCGCCGUACGAGCAAACGUCAACAGUAUCUCAUGUCGUGUUCCAUCCCGGUUAUAAUGCUUAUUCUUCAGACAACGACAUCAUGGUGAUGAAGAUGACAACUCCAUUCCACUUUAACAGGUGGGUGCAGCCUAUUGCUUUGGCAAAUAAACACGAUGUUGUAGACAAAAUGUGCAGUGUGGCAGGCUGGGGCGCACUUACGGAAAGGGGAAGAUUGCCCAACGAAUUGCAAGAAGUGGAUGUUCCUUUACAUGAUAAGUGUCCUGUAAUUUACAAGGUGCCUAACGUCCAUUUUUUGUGUGCUGGUUAUCGCAAAGGGGGGAAGGAUUCAUGUCAAGGAGAUUCCGGAGGGCCACUGAUAUGUAACAGCAACAAGAAAGGCUGGGAAUUAUAUGGUGUGGUAUCCUUUGGAAUCGGUUGUGCAAGAAGGGGUUAUCCAGGGGCCUAUACGAAAGUGCCUUUUUACUACAGGUGGAUCAAUUCGGCGAUGCGCAUGAAGUCUAAGGACAUGCUUUCACUUCGGCAGACGUGUGGCAAUAGCUGCUGGCUUAGGUUGGGUUCAUGUCUCUUCAGUCGCUGUAGUAAUAAUUGCUGGGAAAUGAAUACAAGGUGCAAACCUAGUAAAAUCGGCGCUACAUCAUAUCCGUUCCAUAAAUCGGCAGCAUUGUCUCAACCAGUAGAGGUUCAGUUUACAAAACCUUGUCCGGAAGGUAUGUCGUCAUGCAUAGCAUCAGACGAAUGCUAUUUUCCAAAGCAAAGGUGUGAUCGGGAGGUUAACUGCAACGAUAUGUCCGAUGAACUGAAUUGUACCUGUCUCAUGCGCACUGCAAAUGAGUACCAGUGUGAUGGGUACCCGGACUGCCCUGACUUCUCGGAUGAGCAUCAUUGUGUGAAUAGAGACAAAGGAUGCAGUGAGGGAGAAAUGUGGUGCACGCAAGCAGGGACACAUACCUGUGUGAAUAAUGAUAAACUCUGUGACGGAGUAAAAGACUGUGAUGAUAACUUGGAUGAGCAUCUGUGCAUGCGCCUGGUUUCCAACAUUCAUGAUUCUAGUGAUUCAUUCGUCAUAAAGCGAUCAGGCUUUUUGCAAAUAAAGAGGAUGGGCCUUUGGCUGCCUUUUUGUUCAUCCCGGCUACAAAGUUAUGCUGCUUUAGUAAGCAAAGUGUGCAGCGAUAUAGUUGGACGUGAAAAUAAUGGCUCCCAUACUUCCCACCUGAAACCCAUCCAAACGUUGAACGAACUAAAAUCGAAGACUUGGACAAGACUUUCCUUCCGCAACAGCAGUCUUAUUGUGGCAAAUACAUGCGACAGCAACCUCGGCCUCCUGAUAGCAUGUGCUGAACCCAAAUGUGGAAGCCAGUAUGCAUACCAUACCAUGUACAAGAGUGGUGGUUAUAGCUCGGAAUCGGCACAAUCUGGGCAUUUUCUCGGCUCAAAAUAUUUCCUCGGUUUGGGUGGCAGGUCAGGGUUGGCCAAUGCUAUGGCCAUGUCGAAUGCUGAACCCGAAAUGUGGGGUUUCUUGGUGAUGAUAUUGCGGGAAGGUCUGCCUACCUGCCUUGGCUCCAUUCUCGACUCGAGGUGGAUCUUAACAGCUGCUGCGUGUGUUGAAGAGUACGACCAGUACUUCUACGAGGUCAAAGCUGGAAUGUUGCGAAGGAAUUCAACGUCUCCCUAUGAACAGAUUUCCAGUGUUAAUGAAAUUGUUAGCAAUAAACAUGGACAGCUUGCCCUCCUCAGGCUAGCAAUUCCACUCCAUCUGAACAGGUGGGUGCGGCCAGUGUGUGCAAUUGAUAGUGAAAUAAUCGAGGUCGACACUGAUUGCACCAUAGCAGGCUGGACCAACAUGCAAGGAGAAAACUAUGACCAUCUCCAGCAAUCAACCUUGAAGACAAUAUCGUGUACCGCUAUAAACAAGGACCGCCAAUUGUGUGUUGACGGUGAUCACGCAGGGAAGAACCUUCCUGGGACUCCGCUCAUGUGCCGCAGAGGAGAAGAGUGGCACCUACGUGGUGUAUUGUCAGGUGGAUACACUGAGGAAUACCAAAAUAGAAUCUCUACAAUCUCCAGUUUUAAUCAGUGGAUUGAAAAUCGUCAAAGUUAUAUUAACAGGAACCACAGCAAUGUCACAAAAGGUCCAAAACCCCGAUGUGCAUUAGGAACCUGCUUUUCGCCGCUCGGAUCUUGUCAGUCCGUCGUCGCGCAAUGCAACUCGCAAGUGAGUGUUUAGACUUGCAAGAUGAGUCUCAAUGUGAAAUUUCUCUUGAUCCUUCACAAAAGAACAAAAUUG